AUGUCGAGACGCCUCGCGAGCGGUUACGUAAGACUGGACGAAUAUACCAUUGAUUCUGCUCGUCGGAGGUUACGACAGGUGGGAACAAGCGUGGUUGAAGGCUGCCAGCGGAAAACUCCUCAGCAACUGUUGGCGCCGCAGCAAGACCAGGGUUCAAAGUACUCGUACCAACGGCAGCCCGGGAUGGACGUGUUGGCUUCGAAAGGCGGCUUGGCGACCGUGCCGUCCAUUGAAGCGGACGACGUCUCGCUGAGCAUGCUUCCAUCGUCCGUGGCUCGCAAAAGUGGCGUCGAAGAGGGGACUGGAGCUCUGGCAGGUGACUUGGUGAAUGGGCUGAGUCUGCUACGAGAAAGCGUUCAUUUUUCACAGCUGCAAUGCUGUGGAACGCUUACCAAAGUGUUUGAGGAAGGCCAGCACACAAGAAGGAAUCAAAAGAAUGACUCGAUUUCGUUCAUUUUGAUGCAAGCACUGGCGCAAUUGCCGGCCGACCUUUUGGAAAUGCUGACGCCAGUGCGAAAGCUGGUUGUCAGAAAGACUGGAUGA